AUGUACACGGUACCUCUAGUAACCAUCACCGGCUCAAGACCCUUUCAGGGCUCAACCUUCAACGUGGCAACCGAAACCCAAACCCUCAUGGGAAGCAUGGAAAAGAAGAAGAACAAUGAAUUCGCUUCUGCCGCCAGAGAUAUGAUCUUCUCUGGCGGCGUGUUCGAAAGCCUGGAGAACGAUGACUCUGACGGCGCCAUCGACGACGGAGACGCAGAUGAGGACAUGGUCAAUUCGAAAAGGAACUUCUGUCAAAUGAGAAUCCAGAAAAGGAACUCAGAAGCUGGCCUUCUGAAGAAGGUCAUUCCCUUUCACUGGGCUCCUAUGCUCUCACCCCUGACCGAGAACGAUAUCGACACAUGCGUUACUCUUGAAAAUGUCGCACUUUCAGAAGCGAAGUAUAGAUCAACACGUGAAAAGAUCGAAUACCGUAUUCGGAAAUCAGGAGUCUGCUACGGCCUAUUCAAUACCGUGAGGCCAAGCGAUGUUAAGAAGAUCUCUCUCACAACCAUGCAACACAGUCGGCCAGUCGAGUCAGGACGAUGCGAUGGAGCCAAACAUGUCAUGUUUGCGCACGUCCUUGCAACACUUGGAACCCACCCAGUCGUAACUGAUGCCGAUAUGGCCAUGCCCGAGAACUGGAGAGACUCGAAAGCAAGCAAAGGCUCACCUCUGGGCCAUCAAUCUUCAGGGAGAACAAUUUGUCUCCAUUCCUUCAUCGUGUGCCCAGAGGUCCAGGGGGUUGGCAUCGGGAAAACAGUGAUGAAGUCAUAUCUGGAGCUUAUGAAUGUAUCUGGGAUGGCUGAUCGAGUUGCCAUAAUUUGCCAACCGUACGCGAUCCAAUUCUACAAGUGCUUUGGAUUCAAAGACCUUGGUCCAAGCACAGAAGCCCUUGCUGGUCAAGGCUGGCAUGCCAUGGUGCUUGAACUCCAUGGUCCCAAGAGAAAGACUAAGGAGGAACCUACACGGAGGAAUGAGGAUGGGGAUUCUCCAACCUCCAAGGCGAAGAAAUCGCCAUCAUAG